GAUGCUGAGAGAGAAAAGACAGUUUCAGAAGAAAACAGAGAGAGAGAAAAAUUAUUUUGAAAAAGAGAGAGAGAGAGAGAGCGAGGACUUUAAAAGAAGGAGAGUGAAGACUCAAGAGGAUCCAAAACAUCCAUACUCUCUUCAUUGGCUGUUGUCCCUUUACAAGCCACAAAGGCCAGGCCUUUACAUUUCUCUAUCUUCAUGUGUUCUUCUUAUUAUAGGACACAGAAAAAACAAAACAAACAAUGAAGCUUCUUCAAAUCCUUGUUUUGCUCUUUCUUUUUCUCCAUGAACUAAUUUGUAUUGGUUCCACACUAGACCCUCUUGUUCCCUCCAUAUCAGCCUCUGUUUUCUCACCAGCCGACUCACCCAUUUCUCCAAUUUACACAUCAAUGGCUGCUCUCUCCCCAGGAAUUCAACUGGGGCUUGAAGACGAUCAUAAUCAUAUGGAUGCACGCAAGAAAAUGCUAAUAAUACUAAUUAUUGUUUGCACUGCUCUUGCUGCAACCAUUUUGUCUUUGUUAUGUUUCUGGUUUUACCAUAGGAAGUUCUCACACAAAUCCCACAGAAGUGCUCGGAGCAAAGAUGCUGAGAAAGGACUGGCUUUGGCACCAUUUUUGAACAAAUUCAGCUCCAUGAAAAUGGUUGGUAAGAAAGGAUCUGUUCCAUUGAUUGACUAUAAGCUACUCGAAAAAGCAACGGACAAUUUUCAGGAUAGUAACAUCUUGGGCGUGGGUGGAUUUGGAUGCGUUUACAAGGCUAAAUUGGAUGAUAACUUGCUUGUUGCUGUGAAGAAACUUAACUGUGAAAGUCAGGAUGCCGAGAGAGAAUUUGAGAAUGAGGUGGAUUUGUUAAGCAAAAUUCAACAUCCAAAUAUCAUUUCCCUACUGGGUUGCAGCGUUUCUGGCGAUUCAAGGGUUAUUGUUUACGAACUGAUGCAAAAUGGGUGCUUGGAAACUCAAUUGCACGGACCUUCUCAUGGCUCAGCAUUAACUUGGCAUAUGCGGAUGAAAAUUGCUCUUGAUGCAGCAAGGGGAUUAGAAUAUCUGCAUGAGCACUGCAGCCCAGCAGUGAUCCAUAGAGAUCUGAAAUCAUCUAAUAUACUUUUGGAUUCCAACUUCAAUGCUAAGCUCUCGGACUUUGGUCUUGCCUUAACUGAUGGGACCCAAAACAAGAACAACAUCAAGCUUUCAGGCACUUUGGGCUAUGUAGCCCCAGAGUAUCUUCUAGAUGGUAAAUUGACGGACAAGAGUGACGUCUAUGCUUUUGGAGUUGUGCUUUUGGAGCUUCUGUUAGGAAGAAGGCCUGUGGAAAAACUGGCACCCGCUCAGUGCCAAUCUAUUGUCACAUGGGCCAUGCCCCAGCUCACAGACAGAUCUAAACUUCCAAACAUAGUGGAUCCUGUUGUAAAAGAUACAAUGGAUGUUAAGCAUUUAUACCAGGUUGCUGCUGUAGCUGUGCUGUGUGUGCAACCAGAACCAAGCUACCGCCCACUAAUAACAGAUGUCUUGCACUCUCUCGUUCCUCUUGUUCCCGUGGAGCUUGGAGGCACACUAAGAGUUGCACAAGCACAAGUAACACCACCUGCACCACCAGCAGGUCCACCACCAGCUACUCACUGACUAAGUGAUAAGAGAGAUUCUCAAUAAUUUUGCUGUCCGAUUGCAAAUUGCUAGAGAUUACUAGCAAUUUGAUAGCAAAUGUGAAAGAGUAACUAUGAGUCUAACCCACCCUAGUAAGUCUCGGGCAGCUCGCCCACCUGUUGGGAUAGGUGGACCCCAUAGGGGUUCUCUCACAUUUUGUGCAUAGAAAAUUGUUGGGGAUCCGAAUUCCUGAUAGAGAGCAACCAUAUGUUUUGUGAUGCGGUUGCAUUAUUACUGGGGUUCUCCAUUACUUAAGCCACUGAUCGACGCCAAUUAGAUUACUCUGCCGACUUGCGUGCUUGAUGGUUUUGUUAGAGAAUGAAAAGCUUUGGUUAUAUGGUGAAAAGGGAAGUUGGUGUGGUUGGAGUAGAAGAGUAUUGGAUUGUUUCUCACAUUUGUAAAUGAAGCUGUUUAGUUCUUAAGAGUUUCUGAAAAUUACUUGUGCAUACGAGCUCGCAUCUAGAGAACAUUGAACUAUUCAGCUGAUACGAUUUUUAAACCCUUUCUUUUCAUCC